AUGGAUAUCAAGAUGCAGGAAGACGUCAAGGUGGAAGGGGUUGAAGACCAAGGGGAGAAGACACCACAGUCGACCACAACCACCUCUACGGCUGCAGAUACGCAUACAACCACGGCUGCUACGGCUACUACGGCUACUAUGGCUACUACGGCUACUAUGGCUACUACGGCUACUAUGGCUACUACGGCUGCUAUAGCUGAAGAUGGACGCCCUCGACUACCAGUCAUGCCGUCCGCGUCUUCAAUACGCACUACCUCCGGGAUGAUGACCCCUUCCUCCACCCCUCUAGGCCAUGUCAACGCCGCCCGCCGCCCUGGCCCCCUGCCAGCUCGUGGAAGCCAGUCCAGCGGCCUCUCCCAGGACAUCCAGGAAAAGAUGAAGGCCUUCUCUCUCUCCCGUCAGGGUGCUCCGGCCAACGGUAACGGCCCUGGGAUGAACAUGAACAAGAACCCUCCCGCGGCCCAGCAGGGGGCUUCCAACAGACUCCCGGGCGGUGUGCCGCCCAUGAGUCUGUCCUCGCCACAGGCCGCCGGACCGUGGUCCUCUCCUUCCGGACAGGGGCCUACCGGGCCUAUCGGACGCGCUCCUACACCCAAGAUAGGCGGUGGACUAGCUGCCAAGCGAGGUAUGGCGGGGGGGAUGAAGCUGUCCAACGUCACCGGGCCCUCGCCGGUGGGAGCCUCACCUGCCGUGCCAAACGCCAACGGGGCGCCCUCCACUCUCCCGGGAGGCAACAGCUCCUCGCAGUCUUCGUCCACUCCCAACUCUAACCCUGCGGCGUCUGCCUUCAGCAAGUACUCCGAGUUCAUCGACACAAAGGCGGGGACUAUCAAUUUUAAGAACAAGGCCGUCAUCCAUGGCAAGGGCAUCGACUUCUCCUCUGGCCAGAGCUUCAGCAUAUCCCUUGACGAGGUCGAGUCUCUCAGCGAGCUGGGCAAAGGGAACUACGGUACCGUGUACAGGGUACGCCACUGCCGGCCUCGACUACGCCGGCCUGGCCUGGGCUUAAAGGGGACCAUGGCAGUCGGUAACCUGCCCGACAACGUUGGCAAUAGUAAUAACAACAACUCUGCCGAACCCGCACCCGCUGCCAAAAAGGAUAAGAAUGACCUUACAAACGUCAUCAUGGCCAUGAAGGAGAUACGCCUCGAACUCGACGAGGCAAAGUUCACCGCAAUUAUCAUGGAACUCGAUAUCCUGCACCGCUGUCUCUCCCCCUUCAUCAUUGACUUCUACGGCGCUUUCUUCCAGGAGGGGGCAGUCUACAUCUGCGUCGAAUACAUGGACGGCGGCUCAAUGGAGAAGGUCUAUGCGGGCGGCGUCCCUGAAAACAUCCUAAGGAAAAUCACCCUUUCCACCGUCAUGGGUCUCAAGGCGCUCAAGGACGAACAUAACAUCAUUCAUCGAGAUGUGAAACCGACGAACAUCCUUGUCAACACUCGUGGUCAGAUCAAGAUAUGUGAUUUCGGAGUCAGCGGUAACCUCGUUGCAAGUAUUGCCAAGACGAAUAUCGGCUGUCAAAGCUAUAUGGCCCCCGAACGUAUUGCUGGCGGUGGUCAUCCGGGAAGUGCGGGUGGAGGAACGUACAGUGUGCAGUCUGACAUCUGGAGCCUGGGGCUGACUAUUGUCGAGUGCGCGAUGGGAAGAUACCCUUACCCCCCUGAAACAUACAACAAUAUCUUCAGUCAGCUUAAUGCCAUCGUACAAGGGGACCCACCCACUCUGCCUGCCGAAGGCUUCUCGCCUGAAGCUAAAGACUUCGUCUCAAGCUGUCUACAGAAAAAUCCUGCUCUCCGGCCAACCUAUGCCAAUCUCAUACGCCACGCCUGGGUAGAGAGCCUGAUGCAGCCUCCUCCUGCCGCCGCCACUACAGAUGGCGCAGACCAACAACCCAACAGCGACCAAGACACCUAUGAUGAAGAGGUCGCCGCGUGGAAGGACACAGUUAGGCUGCUGCAACCUACAUACAAUCAGUACCAGUCCUCUUCCUCCUCUCUAGACCUAGUCCUAUGCUGGGUGCUGGCCACCUAG